AAGGCACGCGGCUGCGACCCGCUUUGGGCCACCUGGUCGCCGUCACGCUGAUCGUGCUCCAAGCACCCUCCGCUUUUUCGCCUCAGUGGCCUCUGUCACGACCUCUCCCGUUGAUGUGGAAAUCGAUCCGCAUGCGUAUUGCCGUCGGGUAUGGUCAGAAUAACACUUGUACCUGAUUCGGUCUUUUCCCGAUGCUUCAGAUUCGCUCGCCGCGAGCAGAGGAUCUCCAAGCAGCGCCCGUUGUGGAUCGGGAGUCGUGGCGAUUGGUUUGAGACUCCGCUGUGCAUAGCAAUCGCAAGCGGACUCCUCAUCAUAUUGCGAAGGCCCUUCACAUCAUCGGCAGGUACAAAGGGACCGCAGCGCCGUCGCGUCGCCCUCGGAGUCUUGUUGCUGGUCACGAUUGACAAUCGUGACUGCUUCUCGAAGAAGAAAAGCAUCUUCUCCAUGGCUCGAGUCGCCUGUGCUUCUGCGCGCAGACUAGAUGAUAUCUCUCCCAGCUCUUCCGCGCUUCCGGGGCGCUGAUUGGAGCAGCCGUCACCAUGCACGUCGUCGCAUCCCCUCUUUCGCCUUUAGCUACUCGUGACUCUUGACUCGACGCAGAGACUUGUUCACGUGAUCGAGCACCGUCGGUUCAGCAUCGCGAGGAAAGUCUUGAGUGGCAUGUU